AUGCCAAGGAAUCUUGCCACGUCGUCUUUAAGUUGUUUGCUCCUACUUUGCUGGCUGCUCCAUGCACAGGCAGACGAGGGGGUGAAGGGUGCGGAAGGAGACUACGUAACGACCAUCACUCUCGUUGCCACUCAUGCUGGAAAGGAUGGAGCCGAAGUCAAGAAGGACAUCCUGAUUGGGGUGCGGCGGGGCGAGGAUGCUGCCGCUGCAGCAGCGAGAGCAUGCUACGAGAACGGCAUCUUGCCGACAGAUCAAGUCCUCAAUGUCCUGUCGUACAUCAAGAACGCGCUCGAGGGGAAGGAACACCAGCCGGAGGUAGAGCUCCUGCGGACUGCCGGGGCAUACAUGAAGCGAGCUGCGGAGCUCUCGGCAAACGACCAGUACAUCGAAGCUGCAGCCGACCUUGUGCGUGCCAUAGACAGGAACGGGCUGGACCCGACGGUCCGCUCCAAGAUCUCUCAGCUCUUACAGGAUGCCUUCAAGGAUCAGAAGGCCUUCGAUGAGCAGCUGGAGAAGGAGCGGAAGAUCGCAGAUGAGCUGGAGAAGAGGGAGAAGGCGGAGCGGGAGGCGGAGGAAGAGAGUGCGAGGAGAAAGGCGAUGGAUGAGACUGACUGGUCGAAUUUCAAAGAGGAGCUGUUGAAGCUUCUGAACAGUAGCGGCUCACGAGGGGAGGAGGAGGAGGAGGAGGUUCUUGCUUCAGUCAGUUUCCACCUCGAGGGCAAGGGGAGCGACGGGAACAAAGUUUCAGAGGACAUCGCCGUGAGUCUUCAGGCCAGCCAGGACGUUUCGGAGGUCGCGUUCCAGUUCUGCAGCUCCAAGGGGCUGCACUCGCAUGCCGAGGUCCUCAAGGUGAAGAGGGAGCUGAUAAGCCAGGCGUCGAAAAAGGGGUACAAGAGCAGGACUGACCUCGACGUUGAAGCCCUCAAGGAUGCGGCGAAGAGGUUGGAGAAGGGGGGAUCGUUCCUGCAGGCAGGCACGGCGUACUCGAAGAUCGUUCAUGCCAUGGAGGGAUCGGGUGAUGAAGGUCAGGUCUACAAGACAAGCCUGGAGAGAAUGCUUCAAGUCCAUCAAAAGGUGCAUCUUGCAUACUCGAGCUUCAUCGACGGCAAGUACGAAGAUGCUUUGAAGCUCGUCGACGAGAUUCUUCCAUUCGGUCAAAACUCCACGAUGCUGCUGGUCAAGGCGAAAAGUCAUCAGCUUCUCGGACAGUGGGCUGAUGUCACCAGGACUGCUGGGCAGCUGCUGCAGGAGGCAGAGCUGAGAGGAGCAUGGAAACGUGGACAGCACAGAAUGAUGGCUGUGACGCUUGGAAGUCACGCAGCGCUCGAGCUUGGAGAUGGAGAAAGAGCAUUGAAGUUCUACCAGGCUGUCCUGCGGAAUGAUCCGGACCAGCAAGAGAUCAGCAAGCAGUACAAGAGCUUGAAGCAACUGCUAAAGUUGCUCAAAGAAUCCGAUGAGAAGAUUCAAAAGUCUCAGAACCACAAGGCACUGGAUGUGCUCAGCCACUCGCUGUCAGUCAUGAAGGGAAUGGACGCAACGUUGUGCCGAGUCUAUGCUGAGCUCAAGAGGUAUGAAGAAGCCCUCCUUGCCUGCGAUCAGUGUGUUCAGAGGAGGAGCAUGCCGGUCGCUGGCCUCUUCGUUGAUCCCGCCAAGCUGGCAGAGGCGUUGAAGCUUCGAGCGCAGGCGCAUGUUCAGGAUCACAAUUACGAUGAGGCUGUUCGGGAUUACCGGAAAGUUCAGGAGCUGACGCCCGGAAGGGACGAUGUGUCGGACAAGCUCAACGAAGCGCUGAGGAUGCAGAAUAUGUGGAAAACAAACAGAGACCACAAGCUCGUUCUUGAGCUCCCCGUCAAUCUCCACAUGCUCCCCGUGGAGAAACAAUGCGUGUGGAUCAAGAAGCAGCACAAGCUGUUGGCGAGGAAAUGGCACCCGGACAAGGCAAAAGGGGACAAGAACAGAGCUACGAGGAAGAUGCACGAGGUGUCGGAAGCGAAAGAAGCUCUCUCUCAGAGCCUUGGAUGCUGA